GCGAAGGAGUGACUCCAGUACAAGUUUAAUCUCAGUAUUCAUUAAGGAUAGAUUAGAAGAGGAUAGACGUUUAUGAUAUACAUGAGGAUUAUAUUUACGCGGGAAAACUCGUGAUACUGUUAUUGUUGUUGUACUGUUGUUGGGGAGAGUUUUGAGGGGAUUUGAAGACUCGGUGAAUUGAAAUAACGGGAAGAUGUUUUUUGGCGGUUACAACUAUGGACCGAGUAGUCCAACAUCUCCAAUGAGGACCAACGCUUGGGGCAGCGUUUGUAGCCCAUUCAGAACUACUCACAUGCCGCCACUCCAGGACAUCACCAUGAACCAGACGACGUACCUGGGCAGUGGCACAAAUCCAAGAUCACCGGGAAAAGUUCCCAAUGGGACUGCCUCGGGUCAUGCUGGCAGAACCAUCAAAGAUUAUGAGGACCAACUGGGCGUAUUACAGAAGGAAAAUUUCAAUCUCAAAUUACGGGUUUACUUUCUCGAGGAGAAAAUGGGCAUCAGUUCGGCGGACGAGAAUACGAUUAAGAAAAAUAUUGAGCUUAACGUUGAACUUGAAUCCCUGAAGAAAGAUCUGAUUGAGAAGCAGGAACUCCUCAGUCAAGCGGCGAAAGCCUUUCAACUGCACGAAGAGCAAAAAGAAGCAGCGGCUCGCAAUCAAGCUCAAUACCAGGAGUCCUUAGAGGCCGAACGGCGAAGAAUAGAAGAGCUCGAACAAGAACUAUCAGAUUACAAAGAGAAGCUGCUAGAGCCCUCGAUGUACUACAAAGAGGCCUUCGGUAUCACCCCGGAGUCAGCCUUGGAGAACAAGGAGAAGCUGAUCCAGAUGGAGGAGCUAGUGGAGAGUCUCGAGGUGGAAGUUAAGCAGUUGUCAGCGAGCCUCGAGGAUGAGAGGUCCUGGGCGCAGGAGUUGGAGACGGAGAGAGAUGCCUUGAGGAUUCGACUGGAGGCGGAAGUGAGGAAUCGAGAGAAGUUGACGGCUGCUCGUGACAGCGACAUCGAGGAGCUCAGGGGGAGGAUCAAGGAACUGGAGGAGGAGGGCUUGAGGCGUGAGAGUGCAGUCCAACAGUUUAAGAGUGAAUUGGCUGAGAAGGAUCGCUUGAUCCGGGAGAAGAUCGCACUGUUGGAGGAGAAGUGUCGAGCCUGCGAUGAACUCGCUGAGGUCGCGGAGAAGAGGAAGAAGCAGAUCGAUCAGCUCAGGACUUCGGUCAAGUCCAGAGACGAUGCACUCACCGAUCUGAAUAAUAAGCAUAGAGCACUCUUGAACCAGUCUGAGAACAAUAUCGUGAGGAGGCUGUCACCACCUGGCAGUCCAAUCACUUAUGAUGAUUCAUCCCAGGGGGUGAGGUCGGGGCAGAGGUCGGGACAGGCGUCUGGUGUCACUAGUCCGAGCAAAUGCACCAGUCCGUUCGAUUGGGACUGCAGAGCCAGGGGAAUCAUGCAGAUGAAUUCGGGGGAGGAGAAGGAGGUCAGGGAGUUGGUGAAGGAACUCGAAGAGAGAGAUCGUAAGCUGAAAGACCAAGAAGAAACCAAGAAGCAACUGAUGUUGAAACUCUGCAACGUUCAAGAGACCGCGGAAGCCACCCAACGAGAUCUGAAAAAAGUGCAAACAGACCAUAACAAAGCCCUCAGAAUGAUCCAGGAAUUCGUGGGCCGUACGAAACACCUCGAGCAAAAGCUCAGCAAGAAGGACAAAAAGAUAGAAGAGUUGAAGUUGGAGACCAAUAAGCUCAAAGAGUCUGAAUCAAGAACCAAGAGAAAUGCCCAGUUGUCCUCAGUGAAGCGAAAUUUAACCCUGGAGAUGGACGACGAUUCACUGGAGAAGAAAUCGUCGAGUCAGCAGCGUUUCGAGGAAAUGGAAAUCAAGAUAAACGACCUCAGAGACGAAAUCGACAUGAUCAAAGCUGAGAAAAAUCGACUUGAAAAACAAAUACACGAUGAGUCAGAGGAGCUGCACGACCAAAUAGCCGAUAAACAACGAAGAAUAGACUACCUAGAACUGGAGCGUGACGAGAUAAAACGUGAGCUGGCGGGCAAAGAGAACGAGCUCAAGCUCAUGACGUCGAGUGCCCCAGUGCCUCCCCCCGAGCUCGAGCAACAGCUGCUCUCGAAGACCCGGGAGAUCGAGGAGAAGAACCAAAAGAUCGAGCAGUUGUCGAAAGACCUCCAGAUAAAGACCCAGAACCUCCAGAAGCUGGUGAACACCGAGCUGUGGUCUAAGAACAAAGAGAUAGCGAAGCUGCACAACCACAUGACGAACCAGUCGCACGAUCGAAGUCGAAACAAAUCAGAGUCCCACCAGGACCUCGUGAACCCCCACCUGGAGCUCCUCCUAAAGGAGCUGAACGACAUUGGGAUCGAGGUGAAGUUCACAGAGGACCUCGUCCACUUGAACUACUCGAACCAGUCCCUCCCGAACCUAAAAACCCUGACCGACAACGUCCAGAAGCUUCUCCUCCAGAAGAACGACCUCGAGAAGGAAGUGGAGUACCUGAAAUGGCUGAAAUUAAUCUCCAAAACGGACAUUGACAGCGAGGACUCCAACGGCUUCGAGUCAGAAAAAUCCCGAGAAUACUGUGAACUCCUGCGCGGGCACCUGAAGUCCCUGGUGAAGUUCAUGAAGGAGAUGCUGAAGAGCUCCAACUACUCCAUCAACGACGAGUACAAGCGAAUGGUCCUGGACGUUCUGGUGGGCUCUAGAAUCCUCUCUGAGGACUUCGUCCAAGCCCUGGAGGGUGUAAACACCUUCUCGAAGAGGGAGCUCACCCUGGAGGACCUCUGCACGUGCAGGGACUUGAAACGCAGCAGAUCGAACCUGAUGGACGAGAAGUCAGACUCGGAGGCCUUCUCAGAGCCCGACAGAAGUGUCUCCCUGGCGAGAAUCGGUCUCCAGGAGAUGCCCGAGAAGUCCUCGAGGUCGAGGUACACCAAGUACUCGAAGAACUUCAGUGACUCUGAGGACUCGGUGGACUACGUUCCCUAUCACAAGACGUAUCAGAGUGAUCUCAAUGAGAUUGACUCGUCCCAUCAUCUCCAGGAGCUCAAGGAGACGAAUAAUUCGGUGUAUGCUGAGCUGAUGGACCUCAGGAACGACUUGCUGAGGAGGUCUCCCAUGAGUGACGUCGAUGAGAAGCUCAAGCCCAUCAUUCUGAAGAUCGAGAAGUCCCAGAGCUUCUGCGACAAGCUGCAGGGCUCCUUCGACAGGAAGAUGCAGGAGAGUUUGAUUAAGAAGGAGAGCAAGCAGAAUAGUGUGAGGAAGGCGCAGUUGGAGAAGAAGAUUGUUGAUGUCGAGAACAUGGCGAUGGAGAUUGCUAAGCAGAAGUCAGAGCUGAUGCAGUACAAGGAGAAUAACGAGAGGAAGACUGCGGAGGUGGUGAUGGGGCUGAAUAUUGAGAAUGAGGGACUGCGGUUGAGGGUUAAGAAGCUGGAGGAGGACAACGAGGGGGCCAGGGCCAGUGUCUCCAUGCUGACGAAGGAGCUGGAUAGGCUGACACUUUCGCAGAGCCAAGUGCUGGUGGAAAACACGAAGCUGACGAAUGACAAGCUCAGGCUGGAGCAGGAGAUCAGGAAGGCCGAGGCCAGGUUCGAUGCCAGCUUCAAGUCUCUGAAGGAGAAGUUUGAGAAGGAGGUGGCGGAUUUGAACAUGAUCAACGACUCGCAGAGGGGCCGGAUGCAGGAGCUGGAGGCUGCUAAUAAGGAGCUGAGGAGGCAGGUGGUGGUUUGUGAGACCAGUGAUUCUGCUCCGAGCUCUAGCGGGAUCUCUUCUAUUCCUGCUGAUGGGGGACUCAAGCAGACGUGCGAUGAUUUGAUGCAGGAAUUCCAUUUUAAUGGCUCUCAGUAUUGGCAUCCAUUGAAUUACCCACCAUCAACUGGUCGCAGUAAAUCCAGUUGUUCUCCAGACCUCGGUAUCGAGAGUGAUGCAGCAGUGUCAACAACGAGACCCCUCAAAGAUACCUUAAAAAUUACUGAGUCCAUGACAAAUCUACUGAGCGAUGACGAGAACUGCAACAAUCGAGGACUGCGGGAUCUAGACAGGGAGAGCCCGCUACACCUUGAAGGUGGCCAUAAUUAUAGUCUAGACGAAGUGGAUGCCUUGAAGCAGGAAAACGAAGCGUUGAAGCGACGAUUGAUGAAGACGAAGAGAGCUCUGGAGGACACAUUCAAGCACCUGUCAGCGUCCAACAAGAAUAAGAAAAACGUUGAGAAGGCGAUCACCAAACAACUCAUGAUCACAAAGAGCAUUCUCCAGAAAACGAGAACCUACGAAGAGCCUUUCGACAACUGAUGACGUGGGAUAAACAAAUGUUAUUUGUUUUUGAAAACGGUGGGAGAACAAUUGAUCAAGGAAAUUGAUCUUUCUCUCCGAAUUUACCACUGGGUAUUACCGUUACUCUUUCAACGAUAUUACGUUUUUUUCGUCCUACUCUUAUUUUCUAUAUUCGUAUUCUACGGUUUUUUGCGGUUCACUUGUGAGCCGAUCGACUGAAUUCUACUAAUUGGUACUUAUCUUUGAUAUGAAAUAAUUCGAUGAAAAAUCUCGGAGAAAAAAUGGCCAUUAACAUAAUUUUUUCGUAUAUUAAGAUACAGGGGCAUUUUUUAACAAAAGAACAAAUGAGUAAAAACAAAUUGAAGGUGUGAGGAGAUUGUUUAAACGUAAUUGAUAAGGAAAUAUCGAAAUCACGAUUCUUCCACGAUCAUUCUAAAUUCAAGUGUAUAUUGGAAAUUGUAAAUAAUUCAAGUGGAAUGCGAAAAUUAUACUUUAGGCUUUUCUUUUUGUAUGUAGAUUUUGAAAAUGAUUUUUUUCAGACGAUAUGGAUGAUAAAUUUAUGGGUGAUUAUGUACGUGUAUAUAAGAUAUGUACUCAUGGUUCAACAUCUGUAAAUAAACAUGCGAGUAAAGUGCCAUUAAAGUUUUGCCUUUUGAAAA